UUGUACGCAACACAGACAUGCCUUUUCUCAAAGUCCCCAACGCCAGACUUUACUACGAGCUUUUCCCAAACACACCGGCACCACAGCUGCCCCUCUUAGUCCUCAUCCAUGGCGGCAACGGUAACCUAGAUUACUUCCGACCCAUAGCCCAGAUACUGGAAAAACACUUCCGAGUCUGCAUCUACGACCGCCGCGGCUUCUCCCGCUCCGCGCUCACCGGCCCACAAGACUACAGCACUGGCGCAGCUCGUCUCGCAACAGACGCCGACGACACACGCGCGUUGAUAGAACAUCUAAACAAACAUACCGCGGACAAAGAAAAUGCACAACCGGUUCAAAGCGCUACCGUUCUGGGGAAUAGCUCCGGUGCCAUCGUCGCGAUUCAAGUACUCGUACGCCAUCACGAUGUUGUCACAGCGUUGGUUGCACACGAGCCGCCUGUGACUACAUUGCUACCCAAUCGCGAACACUGGGCUGCGCGCCAGCAAGCUGUGUACGAAUUGUAUCGCCGGCAAGGACAUGUCGCUGCGAUGGGAGAGUUUUACAAGAUUGUCCAUGCGGAAGGCGAUCCUGGAUUUGUGCCCGAUGUCAGUGAAGAUCCGUACUUGGCCGGCAAUGUUAUGUAUUGGUUUGAGAGAGAGAUGCUGGGGUAUGUUCACUCUGAGUUCGACUUUGAUGCGCUUGAGAAGGUGAAGGGGAAAUUGGUGUUGGUUAAUGGGAAGGGCACGCACGUUGAAACACCGCAGUAUUUGUGCAAUGUUGAGUUGGGGAAGAGGUUAGGGUUGGAUGUGAAUAUGUUUGGAGGUGGGCAUGUCGCUUUUAACGUCGAUCCGGAGCUGUUUGCGGCUGAAUUCAGGACUGCAUUGGAUGCGCGGAUGUAG